GGCUCUCGCUCAGUUGAGAGUUUGCGAACUUUCUUCCCCGCAUCAGGUGUAAUGCGACAUCAUCGUCGUUCGACCGUCCUGCUUUUUUCACUUCAUAAGAGAGAUAGCACCGAUACGUUGCGAUGCAAAAAUACUCAGAGUUCUCGUGCUUUAAUGUGUUUUCACCGGCGGAGUUUGUUGCACACGUCGAGAUCAACCGGCCGAAAAGUCUCAACUCUUUCACACCGACGGCAUGGAAACAACUGCGAGACAUAUUCAACCUGCUCUCUCUUGACCGCGACGUGCGAGUGAUUGUUCUUUCCGGUGCCGGAGACCGGGGGUUCACGGCAGGCCUUGAUCUCACAGAGGAGACAUUCAAUCUACUAUCAGGAGCACCGCUCGAGGAGGAACGGCUGCGCUUUUAUAAACACCAAGUUAUAAAGGAAUUUCAGGACUCUAUUUCAGCCAUCGAGAACUGUCGGAAACCCGUGAUUGGAGUGGCGCAUGGGAUCUCGUACGGACUCGCAAUAGACAUUCUUUCUGCAGCAGAUGUCCGAAUCUGCGCGUCGAACGUACGCUUUUCAAUAAAGGAAGUCGACAUCGGGCUUGCGGCUGACAUCGGUACCCUCCAGCGGCUUCCGAAGAUAGUCUCGAGCCAGUCGUGGGUCAAAGAGCUUGCCUACACCGCUCGAGAUUUUGGUGCUGCCGAAGCAGAGCGAUACGGGUUUGUGUCUUAUGUACUAGAGGAUAAGCAGCAAGCGCUGGCAAAGGCGAUGCUGAUUGCGGGCGUUAUCGCGAAGAAAUCGCCGGUGGCUGUCCAGGGUUCCAAGACCCUGAUCAAUUACAGCCGCGGGAGACCGGUUCAGGAGGGACUGGACUACACGGCAGCGUGGAACGCGUUUGCGCUCGGAAAUGAUAUGUUCGAGGCGGCGAUGGCGGCCAAGUUGAGAAAACCUGUUUCGUUUGAGAAACUGUAGCAUUGACGAGGGAUUGAAUUGCAGUCGAAGCGCUACGUAACAAGUCGCGCUCAAUCUGCUGGUUUUAUGAUUGAGCGCCGAGUAUGAUAUUGAGGGAAAUCUACUACAU